AUGUCGAAAAUAUUAUAUACAGUUUUACUUUGUGUCAUUUUAACUGUAUCUGGUUGUAAUGGAUUUUUUGUGCCAAAAACAGGAAAGAGUCAAUAUCCUGGUAAAAAUGGUGUAUUAAAACAAAAGGUAAUAUUUGAAUUAUUUCAAAAUAUUUUGCAAAAUAAUACGCACGAACUUCAUAACGUAGCGGGAUUGUUAUACAAUCCUGAGGAUCAUUUGGAUAGUUAUGUGAAUUCCAAGGUCCUACAAGAGCUUAUGGACUUUAUUAGAAACGGACAAGUUCAAAAAAGUGAAGUAUUUGAUUUAAAUAAUGAAAAACACCUCGAAGAAGCUAAAGCACUUUUUAAAGUGUUCUACAACGCAAAAGACUGGUUAGCUUUAUAUCAAGUCAUGUGCUGGGCCAGGAAUACCUUCAAUGACCGCGUAUUUGUAUACGCUUUUUCGGUAGCGUUAGUUCAUCGUGAAGAUCUUCGGGGAAAUGAAUUGCCUCCGUUGUUUGAGGUUUAUCCACAUUACUUCAUUAACUCUGAUAUAAUCUUCAUGUCUCAACUUUAUCAAAUGAGUGAGUUGAAGGACGAUGUCACCAUACCAGUAAAAUAUUCGGGUUCAUACAUCAACACCGGCAAGGAUCAACAGCUCUCGUAUUACACUGAAGAUGUUGGUUUGAAUCAGUUUUUUUAUUACUUUAAUUUGGAUUAUCCCGCCUGGAUGACUGGCGAUGAAUUUUCUCUGCAUAAAGACCGACGCGGAGAACUGUAUUUAUUCACGAUUCGUCAACUGUUAGCACGGUACGAAUUGGAAAGAUUGUCGAACGGUUUGGAUUUUGUUCCUGAAUUGUUGGAAGAUUUCACAUCGACAAUUGCGUAUCAUUCUUCUUUGCGUCAUCAUAAUGGUUUAGACUUUCCGCAUAGAUCUGUUGGCUAUUCUUAUAAUAAUUUAUCUAAUGUUUAUGAUUAUAUAACCACUGCUACAGAUUAUGAACAUCAAAUUCGCAAGGCAUUGGACGCUGGUUUUGUAAUGCCUAAAGAUGGUAAAAAUAUUGACUUUAGAAAUCCAAAUGCAAUCAAUGAACUCGGAAAUUUAUUCCAAGGCAAUGCUGAUAGUGUUAAUGUUACUUUUUUUAAAACAUAUGUAAGUACAAUAAAGCACAUUCUCGUAAACACAUUUGAGACUGUUGGUGAAUACCCGUAUCCAAGCGAGUUAGAUUACACAUUUACGGAAUUGCGAGAUCCAGCAACUUAUCAAAUAUUCAAGAAAAUUUUUAAUAUAUUAAAUCAUUUUUAUUCACAUCUACCAAUAUAUUCGAUAAACAAUCUUGGUUUUUUGGGAGUUAAAAUUCAAAAUGUGGAUCUUGACGACCUUGUCACCUAUUUUGACACUUAUAGAUACGAUAUAACUAACAGUAUCUAUAGUAAAAAAUCUUAUGCUAUAACUGCUUUACAAAAGCGACUUAGAAGCAAGCCAUUUACAUACAAUAUUACAGUUACAUCCCAAAAAUCUGUCGAAGCUGUUAUAAGAGUAUUCAUUGGGCCUAAUUUUGAUAGCCUUGAUCAAUUUGAACAAUUCCGUGAUAAAUUCUUUCAAGCUGAUGUAUUCAAAUAUAAAUUAAAAGAAGGAGAAAAUAUUAUAACGCGAUUAUCCAGCAAUUAUAAUACCGUUGUAAAAGACAGCAUGUCAAUUGCAGAUUUAUACAAGGAAACGAUAGAAGCUGUCAAAGAUAAUUUUACGUGGAAUUUCGAUAAUGCAGAAGCGCAUUGCGGCUUUCCCGAAAGAUUGUUGUUACCCAAAGGCACAGAGGAUGGAUUUGCGUACAAAUUUUUGUUUUUCAUCUCUGAAUUUAAUCCGCCGACCGUGCCCCAAUUUGAAGGAUUCAACGCGAAUUAUAGCUGCGGCGUGGGCUCCGGGGCGCGAUAUGUCGACGACCUACCACUCGGAUUUCCCUUGGAUAGACAAAUUCAUACGGAAGCUUUAACUGUGCCUAAUAUGUAUUUUAAAGAUGUCGUUAUUACAUAUGAUGAAAAGCUGGGUUUUGCUAAUCGUUUUCUCAACAGCUUGGUUUGGAAAAAAAGUCACAAGUAUGUUCCUGACUGCUCAGUAACUCAAAUGGCUUUCACAUUGAUCUACGGAUCUUGGGAUACGGGGCAAAAAGUUCCGAAAACUGUACCUCCGUUUUUAAGAGAA